AUGGCGCCCCUGCUUCAAGAUCCGGCAACAAACCCACACGCAACACUGAUCACGCUGUUCAUGAAUGCCGUUGAUGAAAACAGGACCGAGGAAGACCACAUUGCCGAAGCCAAGAACAGCCAUUCAACCCAAAGAUUGCUAAAAUACCUUCCGCCAAAUAGACCACUAUUGGGCAAAUGCGACCCUCAUCUGGUUAAAUUCAUCUCCGCUAGGGAUCUCGUCACUUCGUAUGAUCAAUACUUUGACCGCUUCAUGGACAAAUUCGAAGUUCAAAAACUGGUAGAAGUUGCCGAGGUUGAAAUCAAGGAACACCACACAAUCAUUGAGAAAUGGCCGUACAGACUGAAACUUGGACCUGGGCAGCCGGGGGCGCAACAGGAGUUCGACCUGGCCCUCGCGAGUGGUCUGUCAACCAAGGAGCGCUACAUGGAAUGGAAAAGGGCGUAG